CGACUUUUAAUGGCACGUCAGUAGGGUAUCUACAGUAGAAGAGUGACACAAUUGACGAUUUUGGAUGACUAAUAUGUCUGUCUGAACCUUCCUAGCAACUGGGAUAAAUCAUGUGCACAGUAAUCCUUGGAAAUGUAGCAGUUAAACACCUGUCAUUUAAAGUCCCUUCAUUUAAAUUGGUGGAAGGUGCAAGGCAUAAAAAUUGGCACAUAUGUUUGACAAAUUAAACGAACAAAAAUUCCCAAUUGUGUCUUGUUAUGGCCAAGGAAGUGGAAAUCCAACAUAAGUACACGGCGAUAGCGACUACCGAAUGGGAAAUUGGAAGUAUAUUAUUAGCAAAUCAUGCUUGUUUGUUGGGAACAAUUGACAACAAUGGACGUCAAAUAAUACUUGUUCCACAAUUUAAAGGAGAGUCGUCGGAGCUGGCCACCGCUUUGAGCAUCAUUUCUCAGUUAUUUCGUGAGGAUGUGAAAAACAAGGGCUUCACAGUAAUUGUUGAUGCAAGAAGUGAAAAGUGGAUGUAUUCUGUAUCUGUGUUACAAGUUAUCAAAGAUGCAUUGUCAUACCAUGUUAAAGUUGUCUUGAUUCUGAAACCAGAUGCCUUUUGGGAAAGAAGGAAGAGUGGUCGAUUCAGUAAACAUGACCUCACAACAUAUCCAUUUGAGACCUAUUUACUAUCAUCAUUGACAAAACUUGAGCUGUAUGUGGCAAGGUCAUGUUUACCAGAAAGUCUUGGUGGAAGUUAUAACUUUGAUCCACGUCCUUGGAUUGACAGGCGAAUUGAAAUUGUUAGGUUCCUUGAAUCGUUGACACUUAUUGAAGACAGUUUGAAUGAAUUACGAUCAAUAGCUGAUGAUGAUGAACAGAUUGCUUUAGCUCAGUCCCUGCACAUCAAAAAAGAAAAAUCGAAGUUUCAUUUGAAAGUCAACACGGUUCAAGAUAACAUAAAUUCUGGCCGGCAGCUUGUUCUAAAAACACGAACUGAAGACGUCAGUGAAUUUCAAGAUGUUUUUCUGUUGGAGGAAAAGCUUGAGAGGCUUGACAACGAGUUGUGUAAGAUCGUACAACACUGGGAAACAAGAAUUGGGCCAAAAAAAAUUAAUGACGCCGCUGCAAGUUUCAAAGAAGAUUACAAAUUGGUAAUCGAAUGGCUUUCUGGUGAGGGUGAAGAAUAUUUUCGGAAACAUACAAAUCUUGGCAAUUCUCUGUCCAGUGCGGGAAGUUACUUGAAAAAACACGAAGAGUUUGAUGUUCAAAGCAAAGAAAUUGUUGGUUCUUUUGCGGCUGCGAGGACGAAAGCCAAGGAACUAUUGCGAUCACAACACCCGAAAUCGUCCGAAAUUCAGGAAGAAAAAGCCAUCAUGGACAGAUACUGUCGAAAUUUUGCAUUUAGAAUGGAACAGCGACAAUUUUUAUUGAUUUCUUCCGUCAGUUUUCACCAUUGGGCUCAAGUUGCUUCACAUUACCUAGAUGACCUCGUCAGUUUACUAUGUACUGAUGUUGAUGACAAGCAAGAUGAAGAUGAAACAGUAACUAUGCUUGAUGAUAUCAACGCUCAUACUAAAGGUAUAGCUGAGGCAAUAGAAGAGAUGUUGCGCGAAGGUCGUGGAAUCAUAGAAGCCUUCGAGAUUCCGUUGACCGAUGUUCAAGGAUUGGAGGUGAAAUGUUUGGAUUCCUCUUUGAUUACUGCUCAUUUUCGAAAUACAAUGGACGAUCUUAUCGAAAGAAGGAGAAGAAGUGACGAACUUUGCGACCUAAGAAAGCUGAAACUUCAACAGAUUUUACAGCUCAAAUCUUGCGAGAAGGACACUGAUCAGGCUAUUUCUUGGUUAAAGCAGCUUUGUGAUGUGAUGAUAUCAUCACAGUGUAACGUUGGUAGAACUUCCGAAGAAGCGCGUAGGAUGUACAAUGAUCACGAAAGGUUUCAUGAAACUGCCAAGGGAACGUAUGAAUAUGGAGAACAGGUGGUCCAGGCGGCCUUGGUUCUUCGGCGCUCAUGUCGUUUUUCUCUUUCACCCGUUCAUGAACGAGAGGAAAUGUUGGAGGGGGUCUGGGAACAAGUGGUAAAAAUGAUAUUGGUUCGCGGUCAGCGACUUGAAGCUGCAGCUGAGUUCUUUAAAAGUUCUGAAAAAUUCCUUUACGAUGUUGACGAACUUGCAAUGGCUUAUGUACAAGAAGGAUCACUUUCUCAUCUGUCUAAGGAGCAACUUCAAACAGAAAUGAUAAUACACUCUGAUAUGAAGGAACGCAUUUUCAAUGACUGCGAAAAGAUACUGACUUACGGUCAAAACUUUCUAAGAUCGCUCGUGUUAAAGAUAAAUGGGAAUGACCAUAGCACUGUGGACUCAAAUGGUGUUUCCGUUUGUGCACCUGUGGCAGAAUGUUUGACGGAAGUGGAAAAGAGAAAAGUGGAAUGGGAGGGGAUGUGGAACGAACGUUUGAAUAAGUUACAAAAGUUAGCCGAUGGUGGUGCUCAAACUAUACAUAGUACAUCUGAGAUUGUUCAGUGGGUGAAAGACAUAAAUUGUGAAGUUACAUUAAGUUUGUUUAAUGUUGGUGAAAAUCAAGAUGAAGCCCGCACGCUUUCCUAUCAACUUGCGAUGAUUGAAAGAGCUGUACAGAAAAAAACCGACCAAGUUUCGAGAGCUCUAUCUCUUCUUCGCUCGUUGGCAAACAGCGGUCGGGCCAAAGAUAUUUCCAAUGUGGCCAUGGCUGAUUCUUUAGAAGAGUCUUGGAAAGACCUAAAUAGUCAACUGGAAACACGACGUAUACUUCUUGAUACGUCUGUAGCAUUUCACAGUAGUGCCGAGGAUUUUUCUCAAAGAAUAAGUUUGGUUGAAGAGCAGCUUGGACAAGCCGUACUCUCCAAUGAUAAAACUUUAUCCAAGUCUUUAAUUCAAGAACAUCAGGAUUUGCGUCGCGGCUUACUGGAGUUGUCUAUGCAGACACUUAGUAAAGGUCAAUUAUUGUUGGAUCGUCUGCGAGAAGCGAGCUCUCGUGCGGAUAUUAACAAUAGACAUGCUACGAGGGCUGCUUGCUUCAAUAUCGAGAGAACUUUGGAGACGUUGAGCCACAGACGCAGAAAAGUUGAUGAACUGUGGAAAUCGAGGAGGAAAGCUUUAGAACAAUGCGUACGAAAAUGCCGAGUUCAAGAUGAGACAGAAAAGUUAUCACUAUGGUUAAAUUCCGAAGGUGAGAAAUUUCUCUCUCAGACUUGCCAUGCAGAAACAUUGGAGUCACUGCAAAGACUUGUGAGUGAACAGAUAGAUUUCGAAAACGAACUUAAGAGCAAAGAAGAUCUCGUUCACAAAUUACUACGCAGUGCGCAAAAGCUUAUUCACGUCGGUGAUGCUGAAGGAGAGGCCUUAAAUGAUAAAGUUAUGGCGAUCAAAUUGGAUUUGAAGCAAUUCAAGCGACGGGUAAAUGAAAGAAAUAAACAGCUUAAACAGCAUUUAUCGUUUUGUGAAGAAGGGAAGAAGGAUAACCAGAGUAGUGGCGAACUUACCGAGAAGAUUUCAAAGGCGUCAUCGUACCAAUUAAGAGAUGGACAAUUGCUUGCUGAAAAAGGAGAAGAUCAACCCUCAGUUACCACUCAGAUAUACGACCAACUCCAAGGUAGUUACGCAAAUUUGUUAGAGCAGCUUCCACCACCGAACAAAGAUUUGGAUGAAGACUACAAGCAGUUUUAUCAGUGGUCGCAGAAUGUCGGUGAAAGUUUUCUUUCUAAAAACAAUGAAAUGGGUGAUGAUGAUGACGCGAUUAAAGAUUUUGUUAAGAAACAUGAAUCGUUGAGAUCUGAGACCGAGAAAAUGCAAGAGAAGUAUCUUAACAUUAAGAAUAAAGGUGAGAAUUUGGACCUGAAUUCCAACGAACCGACAGAUGAUUUAUCGAAACGUUUAAGUAGCAUUGAAAAGCGUUUGGAGUACAGAAUCGAAGUAUCAACACAAUAUGGCGUCUUUCGUCAUCAAGCAAAUGAGCUUGUGUCCAAAAUGGCCAUUCUUGAAGAACAAUUGACAAGCGAAGAACCCAAAGAAAAUGUAGAUGCGACACAUACUACUGUUGCUCAGCAACAGCAGAAAAGAGAGAGUAUAAUUUCUAGUUCGGCCAAAAUACAGAAACUGGGAAAAACACUUCUAGACGAACUGAAAAGAGAGCCAAAUGAAGACAGUUUGGACAGAGAAAAUCCAGCCGAAACUAUACGCAAAUUCUUACGACAAUUUGAAGAACGCAAUCUCUAUAUUGACGAACUGUGGGACGUCAGAAGAGAACAAUUGCAACGGAACAAAACAUUGAAUGAAAAUUUUCGAAAGUUUGAGAAAGACACACGGGAGGUUAUAACAUGGAUUCAAACCCAAAGCGAAGGAUUUUUUAAAGUUGACUUAAACGUGUAUCCAAAUAAUUCGAAAGAAGUGAAAGAACGUCUUGAAAAAUACAGAAUGUCGGCCAAGGUGGCUGAUGAUACAGUGAAAGAACAUCUUGAAGCUGCUGAAAGUUUAGCAUUGCUCGAGAGUGAGGAACAGGCUGCAUUUCGCGUCGUCACUGAUGAACUUCAGAUUGCUUAUGAGCGUUUCAAGACGUCGCUUUCCGAUCAUGAAUGUUUUCUCUCGAUGUGCUGUACGUUUUAUCAAAGUGUAGAAAAGCUUACCCAACUGCUAACCAACAUGGGAAUGACAUUCAGUAAAACGAAUACAACGUUAGAUCUUACAAAAGCUCAACUCAUGUUACAAGAUCACCUGGCUUCAUAUGAUUCAGUAUUAGAUCAAUAUAACUUCACAGUCAAAUGCGGUCAUGAUAUCAUUACGAAAUGCGAGAACGAUGCGUCCAUGAGCGUGUCACGUGACCGGAUUAUGCGCUAUGUCGAGCAAGCUGAGAGUCGCAAGGAGGAAUGGUUUGAUCUUUGGGAACAUCACAGGACAAAGCUAGAAGAAAGUAUUAAGUUGUGUGAAUUUGAACAGAAAAUUAACCAAGUAAACUGCCAGAUUGAAGAGCACAGCAGAACGCUUUUGGCUGUGAAUGACAAAUUUGGAGAGACUUUGAUGGAAUCUGUCUCACUCUUGAAAGAUUCUGAUAAUUUAUUGCUAUCUACAAAGCCAUGCGACGCAGCCGUCAACGAAUUGGUGACUGAGGCGGACGAUUUUUUGCGCAAAAAACAUGACGAUGCCGUUACAAUACAGGUGAAAGUAUCCUCCGUUGAAAAACGAUGGCAAAGAUUCUUGACGAACGUGGAGGAAUACAGAGGCUUACUUGAAGCUGCCGUUGAAUUCUAUCAACUUUAUGAACAAUCAGAGACUUGGCUGACCGACAGCAAACAUUUUCUCAACGCGACGCGCACUGAUUCAAGGCAAUGUUUCUCCAUUGAAGAAAUGAACAAACAUCUUCAAGCUCUUGUCGAGUUUAUGAAACCAGGAUGUAAGGCACAAAAUGGACGUGUUAUGAAACUUGGAGAAUUGGCAUCAAAGAUAGGAGUAGAGCACCAGAGAAAGCGAGUAAGGGAAUUAGUGACGAUACAGAAGCGAAUUCACUUCCAUUAUAAACGUCUUGAAGAGAAAAUUCGACAACUGAUCGAUGACAUGCGCGCAUCUGAAGCUGAAGGCAGACCUAUAAAGUUUGAAAUACAGAGCCCAGAAGCGUCUGAUGAAGAUGAGAUUCUUUUGGAUGAGAACAUUGAAGUUUCCAUGUCAUCUGAUGUUAGUUUACCUACGGAAAAUGAUCAUCCGGUUAUUGUGGCUUUAGAUCACGUGAAUACGUUAAAGAAGAAGGACGAUUAUGUCAAAGAAAGUUUGGGAAACAGUGAAGAACCGCAAAUCCUUGUCAGUAUAAGAAGUGACAGAUCUGUGAAACCUGAAGUUGAGAGACGGAUGGGAUCUAUUGUAGAUUCAGAAAUACAAAGCUGGAUGCCUGGGAAUAGUGACACACAACGGAAGCGAGAUAUUAUAUUGUGCGUGCAUGAUCAAGUCCACGAAACUUCUCCAAAUUAUUGGAGGAUUGACGAUGACGAAGAUGUGAAAAUGGAACUGGGACCCACUGUUACCGAAGGUCCUAUUUUUAAGCACCAAGUUGAGGUUGAAACAAAUCUCUUGGUUGAAACUUGUCCUAAGAUUGUGGAAAGCAAUUAUAAAGAUGAAAAAACGGAGUACUUACGUAAACGAACGUGGAAAAAAACGACACGCGAAACGGUCACGAGUGUAAAGAAGGAAACACGAACAGAACUCGAAGUGUUUGUCCAGGGCCGUCCUUGUGAAGUAGAGCUAUUUGAUGACCGCCUGGGCAUACAGGUCAAAUCCAGCACAUCAUUUUCAAAAAAAAUGCCCACAGAGACUCUCCAUUAUGAAGGUAAUGUGCAGCAUUCGGACGCAAGUUUUGGAAGAGACGUAAAGUUGCUGCAAACUCCAUCUUUGGCGGAAAAAGUGAACAAAAUACAGCAAGCUAAUGAGAAGAUAUGUGUGAAGAUUGAGCAAGCUUUGGGGGGAAAAGACACACAUGGCGUAACUAAAGGUAAAGGCGAAAACACAAUACCUCGCGCUGCAGGAACGGUGUUGUCACAUGAGGAUACCCCUGACAUGUUGCCCAAUUUGCCAUCAAAAUGUCAUCCUGUUGAAGUUCAAGAACAGCAGCCGCAUGCUGUCACAGGUAGAGAACAGCAGGCUCAAGAAAAGUAUAAUGAAAUUUUGAGGGAACUUGUAGAUAGCGAAAAAGAAUACGUCAAAUCACUUGGGAAUAUUCAGAAAUAUAAGGCGAGUGUCAAAUAUCCAAACGAAUUGAAUCCUGGCGAAAUGGAGGCCAUUUUCAUGAACAUCGACGAUAUUGAAGAUUUUCACAAAAAGUUUCUCAUAGAAUUGGAAAAGUGUCGAAAAGUGCCCUUAUCUUUAGGGACUGCGUUUGCAAACGCCAAAACAGAAUUGCAACAAUAUCUGACAUUCAGAGAAAAGAAACCCGAAUCAGAUCUUGUUCUUCUGUAUGUUCCAAGCACUUGCUUUCAGCGAGUGCUCUCAAAGACCCGUACGCCUUCAUUGGAAUCAUUGCUGGAGGAACCUUUAAAGAGGAUAUACGAAUAUAGAACAUAUCUUACGAAACUUCUUCAACAUGGGCAGCUACUGUCAGGAGAUAUCUCGGAUUUGAAGAAAGCCAAAAUCAUUGUUGAUGCCAUCAUCUCCAGGAUAGAAAAGAUGAACAGUUUAUAUAGUUUCGUUUCGGAGUUUGAUAUGCCAGUAAAAAAGCGAGCAAUCACUAUGAAUUUCAAAGCAACAUCGCCAGAUGAGAUAUCCGUAAAAGAAAAAGACAAUGUCUCUGUACUCGACGAAUCCAAUGACCGUGCUUUUGUCAUGAGACUUCGCGAUGAUGGUUCGGAAGAGAUCAAAGGCUGGAUACCAAAACAUGUAUUGGAUUCUGAAAGUAAAGUACCUGAAGAAUCAACUCAACGUGAUGUCUAUUCAAAAGUAGAAGAACCUGAAACGAAAACUGAGCCUACAGCACGAAUAUCUGCUGAUCAGUUGGUUGAUGUUUCAACCAAUGACAAAGAACUUACAUCAGAUGAGCAAGUGUCUUUCAAACCUGUGGCAAUAACACUACCAAUGACACAUAGCAACAUGACUUCAACGGAGAUUAAAUCUGUUCACUUUGUUGAGCCUCUGCAGAAUGCUGAAGUCAUGGAGGGUAGUGAUGUUGUCUUUGAUUGUGUUAUCAAUGGCUCCCAUCCAAUCGGCUUUCAAUGGUACAAAGAUAAUGAAGCUAUUUAUCAUGAUGAUAGUAAAUAUUCCAUGGUAGUGAAUGAUAAAAAACUGCGGCUAAUUGUGAAAGAUGCUAAGUUGGAAGAUAUUGGAAAUUAUCGAUGUGCGAUCGGAAACGAUAAUAGUCACGUGAGUAGCGAUGCUCAACUUAAUGUAAUACCCUUGAAGUCAAUGGAUACGCAUGAGGAUUAUGAUUUUGAAAGAUCGAAAGAAGAACAGAUGUCUCCAAAAUUCAUACAACCUUUGAAGAAUUGUCAAGUUUUUGCAAAUGAGUCAGUUACACUACAGGUAGAGAUUCAAGGCGUACCAGCUCCCGAAGUUCAAUGGGAGUUUGAAGGAAAGCCUAUUGUCGAGAGUGACGUUUUAUAUACAGAACGCGAUGGUAGUAUGUUACGGUUGAUCAUCACGAAAGCUGAUAUGAGCCACGAGGGUGUCUUCUGUUGCAUUGCAUCAAACGUUGUUGAUACCGUUAGUAGUCAAUGUGAACUGCUUGUAGACGAAUCAUCAGAUGGUUUACCACAGUUGAAGCGAACACUUGCAGACAACGAACUUACCCUUGGCAGUGAAGUGAAGUUGUCUAUUGAGAUUGGUAACCAGUGUUGGACGAAAGUGCAACCCUCAGUGGAGUGGUUUAAAGACGAUAAAGUUCUAGAUGAGAGACAUGACAAGUACACUACGAAUUUUGAGAAUGGAGUACAUAAUUUGAAAUUUGUUCCUACUGGACCAGAAGACGAAGGUCUCUACAAGGUGGUUGUAAAAAAUAACAAAGCCGAGUUGGUCAGUGUUGCCGAAAUGAAAUUUCCUUUCGUUGAUAAGAAUGCCCGUCCCGAAGAAAGUAUUGAAAAAACCAACGUCCAAAAUGACUUUGAAAUCCCUGAAGUUAAGUUCGAUAUAAAUGAAGAACCGGAGUUUGUCUCCUUACCACAAAGCAUCCGUGUGAACGAAAACGAACGUGCAACAUUAAGAUGUUCUGCAGUCGGAAAUCCAGUCCCUGAAAUUAAGUGGCUUGACCCAAAGAAACAAGAAAUCUUGAAAAAAGGCAGAAUACGUCACGAAACAAGCGACGGUUACACCAUCUUGACCAUUGAUGAAGUUUGUAAAGAUGACGAGGGGUCAUACACUUGUGUUGCUUUUAAUGCUUCCGGAGAGAUAUCCACAAAUAUCGAGCUACUUGUCGAUAAAGUAUUGAUACCUGCUGAUGAACCUUCAGAAAAGCGAGCUCAAGAUAAGACGGCCAUUGUUAUCGAACAAAUUGACAGCGUGUAUUUGGAACCCAAAGAAGUCGAGAUAAGAUCACCACUUUAUUCAAACGACUUUGAAUCCUUCGAUAUCCCAUCAUCAAGGCCACGACCAUCCACUCCCAUACCGGACGAUUUGAUUUUACCACGCGAGGGUGUCGUAGAAGACUUGGUUUUACAACCACGCGUGGAAACGAUUCGCAACACGUAUACAGAUGAUGGUGAAAAUACUUGUUUAGCAGUAAAAGUGCAUGGACCACCAAGUGAAGUAAAAUGGCUAAAAGAUGGCCAGCCUCUCGAGGAUGAUAAGAAAUACACGAGUCGGCUCAACCAAGAAACUGGUCUUUAUGAACUUGUUAUUCAUGACACCGUACCCAGUGAUUCUGGUGAAUACAGAUGUGUCGCCACCAAUUCUAAAGGUCAUGAUUCUUGUCCAAUCAAACUAGACAUUCAACCGUUGUCUGGUCCUCCGAAGUUUCUUCGAGCUCUUCGUGAUGCGGAAGUUUUGUCUGACACUUGCGUGAAGUUCGUCGUUGAAGUUGUUGGAAGUCCAACGCCUCAAGUGAGAUGGUUCAAAGAUGGAGAACCUCUUGAAAACUCUGAGAAAUAUGUGAUCGAAUGUAAAGGCAUAACUUAUUGCUUAACUGUGAAAAAUUGUGUGGCAAAAGACAGUGGUGAGUUCAAAUGUGUUGGCGUGAAUUCUGCUGGAGAAGUUGAGUCAGUAGCGAUUCUAAGCGUAUUGAAUACACCUGUCCUACCGCCAUUAUUUGAAGACAAACCCGAGGAUACUGCUAUUGAGAUACUGGAGCAAGGGGACAUCAAAUUAGAAGCAACGAUUGUGGGACAACCAAAGCCGAAUGUUCAAUGGUUCAAAAAUGAGGAACAACUACGUCCGAACAAACAUUAUAAGAUCGAUGAAAAUUAUAAUACGUAUAAAUUGAUAAUUGUUGGCGUUUCUAAAGAUGAUUCAGCUUCGUACAAGUGCAUUGCGACCAACGAUGGCGGUAUUGCAGAGCGAACGUAUCAUGUUGAUAUUGAAGCUAAAAGCGGACCACCGGAAUUCAUGGGAAGUGUCAACGACGUGGAAGUAAAACCUGGAAACGAAGCACGUCUUGAAUUUCAUUUAGGGGGAUCCCCUGUUAGUAAAGUUGAAUGGUUUAAGAAUAAAAAGCCGUUGAAAGUUGGUGAUGAUAUCAAAUAUGAACUAACCGAUGACAGCUGUGUCUUAUUCAUACCGAAUGUCUGUCCGAACGAUAGUGGUGAGUACCGAUGUAUGGUAACAAAUGACUCGGGAAGCAGUACCUCCACAGUACAACUUCAUGUCAAGGAAUCAACAGUUGACUGUACUCAAGUAACCCCUGAAGAAACUCUACUGGAAAUUGCUGAUACUUACUCACGUGAUGAAUUGGCGCCAAUGUUUAAAGAGGAAGCCCAAGAUGGUUCAGUAACUGUUUUAGACGGGGGGAACGUACGACUUGAAGCUCGAAUCGGAGGUGUUCCAACGCCAAUUGUUCAAUGGUAUAAAGACGACACUCCUAUAGAUAUUGGGGAGCGUUUUGUGAAAGUCGUGGAUAACGAUAGAUAUUGUUUGGAAAUUGCUCAUGUAUCGCCGAGCGACUCUGGAAAGUACAAGUGUGUUGGUUCAAACCAUCUUGGUAUAGUGACCAGGGUCUACAAUCUGGAUAUUGAUGGUAAAGAUGACGAAGACGAUGUUGACGCUUUGCCACAUUCACUUGGAUCUGAAACAGCUCCAAUGAUUAUUGAACCCCUUCAGUCCCAAGUGGUUAAAUUGGGCAAUACACUGACAUUAUCAUGUCGUCUCUCACAAUUACCAUCUGCGCAACUCAGUUGGCUUGUAAACAACAUACCUUUAGAAUUUGACUCGAGAAAAAGUAUUGAGAGAAAAAACGAUGUCUGUUCAUUGGUCGUAACGAAUGCAAGAUCAGAAGAUGAAGGAGAAUAUACAUUAAUUGUUCAUAAUAGUCGUGGACAAUGUGAAACCAGAGCUUCAGUCAUAGUGACCAAGUCUAUCAACGCUCCAAUUUUCACUAAACCCUUAAAAUCUGUCACGAUCAACGAAGGCGAUGAUGCACAAAUGGUUGUGAGGAUAACAGGAGAACCAGAAGUUUCUUGGUAUCACAAUGAUAAAUUGAUUACGGACAAAGAUAACUGCAUGAUCGUCGAUGCUCUGAAUGGGGAUGACCAAUAUUAUUUGGUCAUAAAAAAUGGUAAACUGUCUGACUCUGGGCUAUAUAGAUGCAUUGCACGGAAUGCUAGUGGAGAAACAGGAUGCUUUGCUCAUGUAGUCGUCCAACAGAAAACACUUGAGAAAAACGAGUCACAUACAGAAGGAAAUAUCAAUCAUGAGGAAAAUAAAACAGAUAGAUCAUCACAAGAGAAUCAUUUGCACAAAAAUGAUGUUGUCUUUGAUAAUGCAGCGGCUAAAUCCGAGCCCAAGUUCAAUAACAUCGUUCCAGAUCUAUCCAUGGAGAUCACAGAUGGAGGUGACAUAAUUCUCGAGGCAGAGAUCAUUGGAAACCCAAAACCUGUAGUCGAAUGGUAUAAAAAUGAUACGCUGAUAACAUCGUCCCAUCAUUAUUUACCCGAGUCACGAAAUGAUGUUUAUUGGCUCAAAAUUGUUAGUGCCAGUCCAGCAGAUGCAGGAGAGUACAAGUGUGUGGCAUCAAAUCCUCUUGCUACAAGGAUUCGAACAUAUGCUGUUAAUAUUGAACUUUCAAUGGAGGAUGAGGACGAGGACGCGUUAGUACACGAAGAAUUGGAAUUGCAAAAUCGCGUCUAUAAUAAUGCUUAUUCCGAUCCAGUAACCUUAAAGUUGGAACUAAACCGCGAAAGUGAGCUGAAAUUAGGACUUCCUACGUUGCAGCAAAAUGGAAAAGCGCAUUUUGAAAACAGUCCACUUGAAACCAGUAUCCCAACACAACAAUCUAAAACUGUUGAAGACUGUGUUUUUGCUGUUGAAUCUGACAAAAACCUAGAGAACAUACCUCCACCAAAUAAAGUUACUCCUCAGGUAGACGAAACGUAUCCAUUGAUGGAUUCGGUUGCCAUAUCAGGUGCUAUUCAACCAUUCCUGGAUGAUUCCUCUGAUAAAAUCUUGACACCCUCUCAUGACGAUGAACCUGUAGACUUGGAGUGUUCCACUCAAACGACAACUGCUUCUACACCGACAACCACAACACCAUUGCAAGGUAUUCACUUUAACAUUCCAUUUACUGAGCUUGACAAACCUUACGUUAUCCUGGAUUCUCAAGAAAGAUCUCCCGAGUCAUCGUAUGAUCAAUCUGAGUCACGAUUGACUUCUGACGAGCAGACGCAUAUUCCUAAAUCAGCUCAGAAAGAACCAAUGGUCGAAAGUCCUGGUGAAAUUGCAACUCAAACAUUAUCAGAGAGGUCUCCGUCGUUUAUACCUUUAAAGACUUAUUCAAAACCGUCAAAUCAAGAAAAUCUAUUUGACAAUCAGACUACGGAUGGUACGGAGCCUUUACAAACCAUUCAUCCGACAUCAGAAAUUAAUGUCAAUGACAAUGACAAUGAAGAUUCUGUUAUGGCGAAUGAGAAACAUUUUGAUGCUUUGAGGCAAAGUGGAAUGGUUCCUGAAUUCUUUGAGAAACCUGAAGAUAUUGUAGUGAACAAUGGUCGUGAAAUCAAACUUUGCGCACGAGUCAGGGGAAAACCAUUGCCAAAGGUAUCAUGGCUGUUGGGAUCAAAACUUCUCCUGAAGAGUAAUCGUGUUGAGAUGCGUGAAAACAAUGGUGUACAAGAACUUGUUGUGAGGAAUGCGACUCUGGACGAUGAGGGAAUGUAUCGCUGCAUUGCUGUCAAUAAAUUUGGUGAAGCAAAUUGUGAUUGUGAAGUUAUGGUCGAAGAUCCAUCGGACGACGAAGGCAGAACGUCAUCCGGUCCUUUAAUCAAUCAGUGUCCACCAGGUUUCCUUCGAGGACUGGAAGAUAAAGAGGUGGUUAUUGGCAAGAGUUUAGUACUAGAGUGUCAGUUUUUUGGCAUACCAGAGGUUGAUAUCGUGUGGUACAAAGAUGGAGGUCCUAUUAAUGACACAGAGCAGCGUUUGGUGUUUGAUAUCUAUGAUGAUGUUGCUAGUCUAACCAUUAAUGACGUAAUACCUGAUGACGAAGCUUGGUAUCGUUGUAAUGCUAUGAAUACUUUAGGAUCAUCUUUCACCGAGUGUCAAAUUGUCGUCAUUGAGAAACCGAAUUUUACAAAAUCACUUGAAGAUACUGUAAUUUGUGAAGGUGAAGAUAUUCUAUUUACUGUCCAAAUUGAAGGAGAACCGGAAGUGAGUUGGUACAAAGGGGAAAAGGUGCUGGUUGAUGAAGGUCGUUGUGUUAUUGUCGACGAAGACGAAGAUCAAGUAUUCACUCUUGCUAUUGAAGAUGUCUUACCUGAAGAUGAAGGAGAGUAUCGAUGCGUUGCCAAGAACGAAGCAGGAAUAUCCGAAUCCGUUGCAAAGUUGACUGUUGACAUAAAAUAUCCACCUAAAUUUGUUGACCCUGCUCAGGUCGAACCGUAUUUCGUCAAGAAAGGUAGCGACCAUCGACUAAUUGUUUAUGUGAAAGGAAACCCGACACCCAUAGUAAAAUGGUUUUUGGAUGGUAAACCAUUGCCUAGUAACAUGCACUACGAAAUAUGUGAAGAUGGCAACGAGUAUUCACUGUGUAUUCAUUCCAUAACUCUCGAUGACCAGGGCGAAUACUCAUGUGAGGCUACGUCAGAACUUGGUCAAGCAGUGAGAAAAUUCCAAGUCCUUUUGCAAGCAUCUACACCGCAUGGGACUUCUCCAACAUUCACAGAAACUCUCAAACCUCUUGAAUUGAAAGAAGGGACAGUCGAAGCAAGAUUUCAUUGUAAAAUAAACGGUGACCCGUCGCCUAUAGUUGAAUGGUAUAAAGAUAACGAGUUAUUGGUAGAAAACGACAAGAUAAAGUUUUUCACCGAAGACGGCAAAUGUUACUUGUGUGUUCGAAAUAUAUGCACUGCUGAUGAAGCCGAAUAUAAGGUCUUAGCGAGAAAUUCCAUUGGAUGUACGACAUCUGUCGCUGAACUCAUUGUAACUGAAUGUUGUUUGGUACCUGAAAUAAUUGUCCCUAUGAAUGAUGUAGAGAUCGCACCCGGUGAAGAUGGAUGUUUCUUUGUCCGCGUGAAGGGAAACGUAAAAGUGGACUGGUACAAAGGAAAUAAAUUACUGGAGGAUGUUGGUCAUGUUGUGAUUGUUGAUGAAGACGAUGGUGAAACAUUUACUUUAGCUUUAGAAGAAGCAAGUAGUGAUGAUUCAGGAAUGUAUAAAUGUGUAGCUUCAAAUAAAGCUGGGACUGUAACUUGUUCUGCGAUGUUGAAUGUUGAAGAGUAUGGCAAAGAGAAAAAAUUGAAAAAAGAAUCAAUGUCUUCUUUGAAUAACGAGUGCAAACCUUCCGAAGAUGUGUUUGAAAAGUCGUCUCAAAUGUGUUUGGAAGAUGCGUCAACCAGUGAAGAAAUUCCGUAUUUUUUGAACAAAUUCCCGGACAGCGAAGUAGUUGCUGGUGCCGAAAUACAGUUGAUUUGUAAGUUUGCAGGUUCCCCUGAAGUGCGAUGGUUCAAGGAUGGCGGACCAUUAGAAGAAAACGACCGCAUUUCAUGUGUUACAAAAGACAAUGUCACGACGCUUACUAUCGAAAGGGCCGAGCCUGAUGAUGAAGGAUGGUAUCGAUGUCGUCUGACAAACGAGCAAAGCGUGUGUGCUCAUGAAGCUGAAGUUAUCGUUAUAGAAGCGCCAAAGUUUGUAAAUGAAAUGGAAGAUGUUACCAUAGAUGAAGGAGAAGAUAUCCAGUUUACUGUGAAGAUUGAAGGAGAACCAGAAGUUAACUGGUACAAAGGCGACAAGCUAUUGGUUGAUGAAGGUCGUUAUGUUAUCGUCGACCAAGACGAAGAUCAAGUAUUCACUCUUGCUAUUGAAGAUGUCUUACCUGAAGACGAAGGAGAGUAUCGAUGCGUUGCUGAAAACGAAGCUGGAAAAUCACAGUCUAAAGCAAAGGUCAUCGUACUUGAUACGGAAUACCCCCCUGAGAUUACAAAUGAAGGGCAAGACGAACCUUAUUUUGUCAAACGUGGUAAUGACUUGAGACUAGACGUUACACUAAAAGGCAAUCCUCUUCCUGAUGUAAAAUGGUUUGUUGGUGAUAAGCCACUUGUGAACAACUUACACUAUGACAUCACUGAUGAAGGUCUCGAACAUUCCCUUUGUAUACGUAAUGUGACACGAGAAGAUCGCGGAGUGUAUAAAUGUCAAGUGACGUCAAAACUCGGUAAAGUGACGAGGAAAUUUCAACUUAAUAUUGAAGGUCUUGCUCAAGAAGGUAUUGCUCCUGAAAUCAUUCAAAGAUUGUAUCCCGUCGAGGUAAAAGAAGGACAAGACGCGAAGUUUCAAUGCCGAAUUUUUGGUAAACCUGUGCCUUUGGUGGAAUGGUAUAAAGAUGACGUUUUAAUAGAGAAUGAUGACAAAGAAUUCAGUUUUCAAAAACAAGAUGGCUGUGAAAUAUUAAUAGUACAUGAAGUUUCUCCUUUAGAUGAAGCGGAAUAUAAGGUUUUAGCUCGUAAUACUCUUGGAACUGCUACGUCCUUAGCUGAACUCUUUGUCGAAGAAGAAGAGGUAAAACCGGAAUUUAUUGAACCAAUGAAAGACGUUCAGAUUCUCCCUGGUGAAGAUGGACGUUUCUUUGUCCGCGUGAAGGGAAACGUAAAAGUGGACUGGUACAAAGGAGAUAAAUUACUGGAGGAUGUGGGUCAUGUUGUGAUUGUUGAUGAAGACGAUGGUGAAACAUUUACUUUAGCUUUAGAAGAAGCAAGUAGUGAUGAUUCAGGAAUGUAUAAAUGUGUAGCUUCAAAUAAAGCUGGGACUGUAACUUCUACUGCAAUGUUGACAGUUCAUGAAAAACUGACCGAACAGACAGCAAAUCGACUUUCUGCACUCUUAACGCAGGAAGUUUGCCCUCCAUUUUUUGAGGAACCACAAAAGGAUAUCGUGUAUGAUGUCUGCGAGGGUGACACCGUUGGCUUUAAUCUCAACGUUCACGGAAAACCACAACCGGAAAUACAGUGGCUUAAAGAUGACGAAAAACUCCCUAAUGGUGACAAUUACUGUAUCACAAAGGAUGGUGUCAAACAUGAGUUGCGCCUGCAGAACAUUACGAUAGAUGACAGUGGUUUCUACAAGUGUGUUGCUUGCAAUGAUAUUGGAGUGGAUGAGAGGACAUUUAAACUAGAUGUUGAAGAUACGCUUUCGGAAAGAUGCAUACCCACAGUACUUCAUGGUCUAAAAGACUGUCAGGUCAUCGCGGGCGCAUCCUAUGAGCUCGAGUGCCAAUUCUUUGGGACACCGGAGCCGAAAGUUGUGUGGACAAAAGAUGGUGGCCCACUAGAGCUGAAUGAUAGAAUAAACAUGGUGCACACGGAAGGUGUUGUUAAAUUAUGUUUUGCAAAAGUAGAUCCUGACGAUGAAGGAUGGUAUAAAUGUCGUUUGAUUAAUCCUUGUGGUGUUGUAUCCAUCGAGUGUGAAAUGAUCGUAGUUGAAACUCCUAAGUUUAUAAAAAUGCUUGAAGACGUUACAAUUGUUGAAGGCGACGACGUCCAGUUCAAUGUUCAAAUUGAUGGAGAGCCGGAAGUUAACUGGUACAAAGAUGACGUGCAAUUGCAGGACGUUGGUCGUUUUGUCAUUGUAGAUCAGGUCGAAGAUCAAUUAUUCACAUUUGCAAUUGAAGAUGUCGUGCCUGAGGAUGAAGGUCAAUACCGAUGUGUGGCUGAAAACGAAGCUGGAAAGUCUGAAUCAGUCGCAAAGCUGUUUGUCGUUGAUCAAGAAUAUCCUCCAGAAUUCACUAACGAAUUUCAGGACAAACCAUAUCUUGUUGCCCAUGGCGAUAAUCUAAAACUUAACGUCACUGUAAAGGGAAAGCCGUUUCCCAAGUUACAUUGGUAUAGAAAUGACGAACCAUUAAAGUCAACCAAACAUUUUGAAAUAUCAGAUAGUGGUCGUGAGUCCUCGUUGGUUAUUCGUUCGGCGACGUCAGAAGACUGUGGUGUAUAUAAAUGUGAAGCCAUUUCGAAGUUGGGAAAAGCUGUGAGAAAAUUCCAAGUGAAUCUUGAAGGAAUUCAACAAGAUGGCUCAAAGCCCGAGUUCUCUGAAAGGAUCACAAAUAAAGAGAUGAAGAUAGGAGAAGAAGUACGAUUUACCUGUAAGGUAUUUGGAACACCAACACCAAAUAUUGAAUGGUAUAAAGACGACGAAUUUCUACAAGAAAGUAGCAAGAUCAAGUUUGAAAGUAAAGAUGGAUAUCACAGUUUAAUACUUCGUGAUAUCACUUUUCAAGACGAAGCAGAGUACAAAGCGCUGGCUCGAAAUCCUUUGGGAACAGCAACAUGCACGUCAGAGUUACUUGUGGAGGAGAGGAUAUAUGAGCCAGAGUUCGUAGAAACUAUGAAAGAUAUAGAGAUAUUCACUGGUGAAGAUGGAUGUUUCUUUGUCCGCGUGAAAGGUAACGUGAAAGUGGACUGGUACAAAGGAGAUAAAUUACUGGAGGAUGUUGGUCAUGUUGUGAUUGUUGAUGAAGACGAUGGUGAAACAUUUACUUUAGCUUUAGAAGAAGCAAGUAGUGAUGAUUCAGGAAUGUAUAAAUGUGUAGCUUCAAAUGAAGCUGGAAGUGUGUCAUGCACAGCUACUUUAACUGUGUCUUCAGAUAAAGAAGAAAGACUAGUUAAGCCAAGUGAUGUCAUUAAAGCCCAACGAGCUACCCAUCUUACCUCUCAAGAAACCGAACAGUAUAGUAAAGACAAGGUAGCAUCUCAACAUCAUGAAAAAAUACCCAUUGUUGACCAUCAGGUAAUUAAUGAUAAAAACAAGAUGAAUUUCUCUAAGGAUCAAGGGGACAAUAUAAAUAAUGCUAAGCCAGAAGAUGGAGUCUCUUUAGGAACCAGCAAAGAAGUUAGUUUAAUCAUCGAUGGAGAAUCUGGAUCAAUUAUGAAGCUUCCUGUUUCACAAGUUGAGGAGUCAUCACCACAAAACUAUGUGGAAAAAUCAGAUGAAACGAAGAUUCUAAUUGUUGAAGAACCAACCUCGUCAAUAGCGUCUCGUGUAAAUGCGAUAGAACAAAAGAUUUCUCAAAAAUCUCCGGUUGCUAAAAAGGCCGAUAAACUUGGAAGAGAAAUAAAAUCACCUAGAACAGACAACUUUGGUAUGGAAAGUAUGCCUCAUAAGGUUAAAAGUUCUCAUGACAAAUUCUCACCAUUAACUGGUGAUGUUGUGCUGCAAAAAGACUCUUCAUCUGCUUUACUUGACACGCCAAUACCAAAAAUAUUAUCACAGUCGAGCUUUGAGUUUAAAAAGAACGAUGAAAAUAUGAAAUCUCAAAAUGCUGUUCCGAGUGACAUCCCAAAAGAAAGAACUUCCGCGAUUGAGUGUUCCUCUUCUUUUAUGAAAACCUCAGAUUUUCCUGCUGGAAAUCUGAUUAAUGAUAAUACAGGAAACAUUGAAGAAGUGAAAACUUUUGACGUCAUUACAAAAGAACUAGUUUUCAACAAUCAAUUUGAAUUACCUUUGAAAAACGUUGAGGCAGACAAACCUUUUGAAGCGUCUAUCAAAGACGAACUACAGAAUCAACGAGCAAACAUUGAGAAAGUAAUGACUAGUGGCGUUGAUGAUGGUCUAUCGCUGGAAAAGACGUUAGCAGUGCUACCAGACAAAACAUCAAAAUCUGCCCCACAGACUAUGAAAAAACCUACGAAAUUUAGUAGUGUACAGCAAAUUCAAGGAAAGUUAUGGCCUAAAAAACAAGAAAUGUCGAGCAGCCUAGAGCAGAAACAACCUAAAGUAACAGCGAAAGAUGAUGUUGUAAAUUUGGCAGAUAAGCAAAAACCAGCUUUUAAACAACUCCCAGGUGUACACAAAUAUCCUUCUGAAUCCUCUAAGACAAUAGAGCUGCUUGUUGAUAGCGGUGACAUGCAAAUUUCUGCUGGGAAAACUGCAGUAUCCCAAGAUGAAUCGGGCAAGUUACUAGUCACUUCAAAUUCCAAGUCUUCUGAGGUUAAAGAACUGGAAGAGCAAGUUUCUGUGAAUUUUCCUAUUGUAAAAUCUAAAUCUUCAAAUUUUGCAUCUGUGAAAUGGAACAAAGAUGAGAGUAAACUGUCUUACAAUGUCAAACGUGGUGAUAUGUUACCUGUUUGGGCUAAACAAUCGAGAAAAUCAAUAACUUCAGAUAAAGGUUCUUACAAAAAUUCGGGAGUAAAUAUAAAAGACACUCUAGAUCAAUCCAAAUCUACUUCAGACGCAAGUGAGCUGAGACUAGAGGAAACUGGUGCGAGUUAUGGACAAUCUGUUGAAGUUUUUCUUGGAUCAAACGUAGAUGCUACAGCAGUUCAACUUCCAUCUAAGGAUCUACCUAAACAAAUCUAUUCAAAACAGAAAGAUUCUGGUGUGCAAUCAAUGCAACCUAGUGCAAAAUCGAAAUUAAGCAAAGAAGAAGUGAAGCAACCUCCUGAAGUUAUGCCAAAGCCGUAUGACAAAAUGAGGAAACAGGAAGCUCAUAUUACCGAGACGGAAAGCUCUCAUGUGAAGCAAAGAACCGAAAAUACAUCAAAACCAAUUGAGGAUAUGAAAAAAUCCGAAAUCCUUAAACCAGAAACAACUCAACCCCUGCUACAACCAUCGUCAGACAGUCAAAUCUUUAGCUUGGAAAUGAUUGACCUUGAAGUUAGGGAAGGGGACGACGCGACCUUUGAUGUGCGUGUUGAUGCUCAUGGCUGCGAAGUAGACUGGUACCGAGAAGAAGAACUCCUUGAGGACGAAGGAAGAAUUAUUAUCGAAGACCCGCAUCCGGACGGCGAUGAUAAUCUGUAUUCACUGACUAUUGAGAAUUGUGGACCAAAAGAUUCAGGUCUGUACAAAUGCUUUGUUACCAUUGACGGAAAGGAGUGGAUUACUACUGGACACCUCAAUAUUAUCCCUGCCUUAUCACCUAACAUUCCAGUGUUCUCUACCCCUUUGCAACCAAUAGAAACCAAUCCUGGUGGUACUUUAAGUCUGCAGUGCUCAGUUCGCGAUGCAUCAAGUAUUGAAUGGUUCAAAGACGACCGUCCCUUGACACAAACAUCCCGGAUUCAAAUGUACAAGAAAGGGGAUGAAGUCAGUUUGACUGUGAAGUCUGUGCGUCUUGAUGAUGUUGGAAAGUAUCGCUGUCUAGCUACGGGCCCUGGAGGCAAGGUUGAUUCGGUUGCCGUAGUUGAUAUUCGUAAGCCGCUCCUACCUCCAAAGUUCCAAGAAAAACUUAAAAACACUGAAACAAAGGAAGGCAACAGAGUCGAGUUUAUGAUACAAGUUUCGGGCAAACCAUCUUUGACUUGGUAUAAAGAUGGUAAACUGUUACCUAUCGGUGAUCGUAUCUCGGUAGAAUGCUCCAACCAUGAGAAAGGUAUUUACUUAUUGUGUAUCGAUAAUGCCAAACUCGCCGACUCUGGAAGGUAUAAAUGUGUAGCCAAAAAUCAAGCCGGAGAUUGUUUUUGUUCGACAAACCUACAGAUCAAAGAGAAAACAGUUGCACCAGUCUUUGGUGACGUCAAUUCAAUGUUGAAUUGCAACGAAGGCGAAAAUAUGCUUAUUGAGAUUCCGGUAACCGGUAACCCAGCUCCAAAAGUCACGUGGUACAAGGACAAUAUCCAAUUGUAUAACUUUGCUAGGUGUAAGAUGUACGUCGACGGUAAUACGUGUAAAUUACAUAUGAAAGAGAUGACCCUGCAGGAUGCUGGAACUUACAAGGUUAUGGCGAAAAAUUUAUCUGGCUUGGUUGCUAAAGAAAUAAAUGUUACCGUGACAGCUCUACAAAGCGAGAUAUCCUCUGCCUUAGAUGAAAAGCAUAUUCAUCCCCCGAAGUUUCACAUGACAAUGACUGAUGUGGAUAUUGCGCCAGGAGAGGACGCCAUCUUUGAAGUUCAUGUUUGUGGUGAACCAGAACUUGAUUGGUACAAGGAUGGAAUCUUAAUUGAAGAUGAAGGUCGCUUUAUAAUUGAAGAUCCAAUCGAGGAUGAUAUACUUUAUCGUCUGACUAUUGAAAAGUGUCAACCUUCCGAUCGUGGUACAUACACUUGCUACAUCAGAAAUGACCGUGGUGAAGCUCGAUGUUCAGCACAACUCAUGAUUACUGAGCCUCUUGAAGGUAAAUUUGGAAAGCCUCACUCAUUCAAGAAAAUGUCAAUGCCCGAGUGGAUCAAAAAGCAACCAGAAAAGCCAGUGAAAUUCGGAAAAGAGGGAUUGAAAUCAUACCCAAAAGAAUUGGUGGAAAAGUCAACCAAUGUUUUGAUCACACCUGAGAAAGCGAAGGUCGAAGAGCAUAGUAUUCCUGAUGAAAAAGAUGAGGUCAUACUACCACCAACAAGAGACCUGCCAUUACUCACUACGGACAGAGAUCCUGGAUUAGGGAGUAAAAAUUCUUGGAAAAAGCCUUCAGCUGACAUACCUCAUGGAAAGAGAAAAACAUUUGAAGCACCGAAGCCUCUCGCGUCGAAACCAAAGUUUUUGAAAGAAAUGAAAGGUGGCAGGGUCCACGUAGGCGACAACAUCAUGUUGGAGGUUGAAGUUGAACACGAUCCUUACAUAAAUUGGUUCAAAGAUGAUGUCAUCAUAGACGAUGGUGGUCGGUUUAUCAUUGAGGAUGCUGUUGAAGGAGAUACGUUAUAUAGGCUUACAGUAAAUGAUUCAACUGUAGUUGAUACUGGAGAGUACAAGUGUGUUGCUUCGAAUGAUAUUGGUGAUACAACAUGCACAGUUUAUGUAGAUGUAAGACCGGAGGAAAAUUUGUUGCCAGAAUUUAUUGGAAGCACAACGGAGAGCCCCCUGAACAUUGUUGAAGGCGAGGAUGGGAAGAUUGACGUGGAAAUACGAAAGAGACCCGGCACCACUGUCGUAUGGUAUAAGAAUAAUAUAAAAUUGCGUCGUGACCGUCACGUGAUCAUUGAGAGUAAAGAUAAUAGUUAUAAUCUAACUGUGAAGAAAAUGGUGAAGUCUGAUGCUGGAAUCUAUAAAUGCGUUGCAAUCUGCCCUACUGGAAAAGUCAGCAAAGAAUUUCAAGUCAAUGUUAUAUCAAAACAACGGAAAUUUUCCCCACUUCAACUACGCAAACCACAGUUUGUUGAAAGGCCGAAACACACUGAUGUAAACGAAGGGGACGAUGCUGUAUUUUCGAUUCGUGCGAACGGUGAACCUGAAAUAAUUUGGUAUCACGAUGAUCAACCUUUAAAUGACGAUAUUCGCUUCUUGAUGGAGUCCGAAGGUGAUGUAUCAAAACUACGUAUUAAAAAUACUAAACCGGAGGACGCAGGCUCAUAUAAAUGUGCUUUGAAAAAUGGUGCCGGUCAAGUUUUUUGUACAGUUAGUCUCCGCGUAAAGGAAACAAUUACUCCGCCAGAUAUUAUAGCUUCAUGUGAGACACAGCUCAACGUUGAAGAAAAUACUUGUGUCAAAUUCAUUGCUAAUGUCAAAGGACAUCCUGAGCCGAAGAUUACUUGGUUUAAGGAUGACAUAAGGCUUCAAAGUGAUCCUCGGAUGCGAAUGUCAUAUGAUGGUGAGAAGUAUGUUUUGCACAUUGAUCACGUAAAAGCAGUGGAUUCUGGAAUAUAUCGUUGUAGAGCUGCGAAUUCAGCUGGCAGUUGUAGCGUUGAUUUUGAACUAAUUGUGAAUGUUUCAACGAAAGAAGAAAAACCGUUUGAAGAGAUUGGUCACCGACCAAUUUUUGUUGAGAAAAUGCAAGACAUUGACGUAUGUCAGGGUGGAGAGGCUGUGUUUAGCGUGAGAGCAAAUGAGAGGCCGAAAAUAGAAUGGUACAAAGAUGAUAGUAAAAUUGAAAACAAAGGAAAAUUCAAGACACUUGAUGCAGCAGAUGGAGGUAAUCUUUAUCAACUUAUCAUUGAUAACGUAAAAAAUAACGAUAUUGGCACGUAUGUUUGUCGAGUCACAAAUGACGUUGGAAAAAGUUCUUGUUCAGCGAAUCUCUACGUGGAUCGAUCUGUCACGGUGCCACAGUUUGUUGGAGAAGAUGAACCGUUGUCUGAUUUGUAUGAAGGAGAUGAACUCAGGCUUAGAGCAAUUGUUAGAGCAUUCCCAAAACCGGAAGUUAUUUGGUUCAGAAAUGACGUCAGACUUCGUGGUGAUGCCUACGUCAAACUGCAGCCAGUCAAUGAUGAGUACAAUGUUAUUGUCCGAAAUCUUAAGCAAACCGAUUCUGGAGUGUACAGAUGUGAAGCGAGUACUUCUGCUGGAACUGUUUCUAAAGAAUUCAUUGUUAAAAUCAAGGAAAAGCAAAAAAAGCAAAAUGCGGCAACGGUCAACAGAGGGUUGAAAGAAAGUUAUGAUCUUGAAGAAGGUAAUCCUUUGAAGCUUCAAUGUGACAUAAGUGGUCUGCCGUCUCCCGAGGUUAUAUGGUAUAAAGAUGACGAACCAGCUGAAGACAUCCGUUUAAUGAAAAUAGAUAAUAUUUCCGGACUUUGUACUUUAAAAAUAAAGAGUGUAAAAGCAGAACACGCCGGUACUUAUCGUUGUGUUGCCACCAAUCCCGCGGGCUCAGCUGAAACUGCUACCAUAGUAACUGUACGCAAGGAGAUAGCACCGCCUGAAAUCAAAGAACGACUAAGAAACAAAGAUGUACGGGAGGGGGAAAAUGUGACUCUACAAUUGAGGGUUACAGGAGACCCUGAACUCCAUUGGACAAAGGAUGGCAAGAUUUUAACCAAUGGGAAAAAGUAUAAUAUAAGUAGCACACCAAGCACCAAUGACAAUUAUACUUUGGAAAUCAACAAUUGUGAACUUCAGGACUCCGGUAGGUAUAAAUGCGUCGCAAAAAACAUGCGUGGUCAGGUGUUUUGUUCUUGUACACUAAGUGUUUUGGAAAGACAGUAUGCUCCUGAGUUUUCAAGUCCCGUCGAAGCAAGCACUGAUGUUUCCGUCCAGGAAGACGAUGAACUACGUUUGGAAGCAAGUGUGAUUGGAAAACCUGAGCCUCGCGUUAAAUGGUUCAAAAAUAAUUUUGCUGUAAUGCAGAUCAGUGGUAACCGACUGCAACAAAAAGAUGGAAAAUACACUUUGGUUGUAGCAAAGGCAAAACAAAGUGAUAAUGGGACAUUCAAAUGCGUCGCUUCCAAUAUCGUUGGUAGUGCCAAUAAAGUUUUUCAAGUUAGCGUCAAAAGUGCUAAAGAAGAAGGCCAAUCGCCAAUAUUUCUAGAAGAACUGCAAACAGUUAAAGUGAAAGAAGGACGAACGGCUCGGCUUGAAUGUAAGUUGGAUGGCAAACCGUCACCUAAGGUGGAAUGGCGUAAAAAUGACGAGACGUUGAGCUUGGGUAGUAGAGUAUGUGGGGAUAAAGAAGGGCAAUAUUGUAUCUUGACUGUGAAGAACUGCACACCGGAAGACAAAGGUGUAUACAUGUGUGUUGCGUUUAACAAUUUUGGUAGUAUUGCCACAAGCUGCGAACUUAUUAUUGAUUCGGUUGUAACUGAGCCGGUUUUCAUAGAAAAGCUCAAUAGUAUGGACGUGAAUGAAGGAAACGAGGCAACAUUUUCUGUAAAAGUUGCCUCUAAUACAACUCCCUCUGUGAAAUGGCUUAAGGAUAACAACGAAAUAGCCAGAUCAGGACGUCAUAUGUUGACGAGUAUAGUUAAUGAUGGAAUUUACACUCUUGUGCUAAGAAACUGCGAGACUCGCGAUAAUGGUCGAUAUUCAUGUAUAGUAACAAAUAAAACAGGAGAGAGCCAGAGUACUGCUAGUUUGAACGUUAAAUCGUUGCCUCGUUUACCUGUAUUCAAAUCGGAUGACAAAGAUGAAGCAAUGGAAGUAAAGGAAGGCGACAAACUACAGAUUGCAAUUACUGUAACGAGCAAACCCAAUCCCAAAGUGAAAUGGUAUAAAGAUGGCAUGUUGCUUUUGAGUGGCGCGAAAGUUUACAUCAGGAAUACUGGUGACAAGUAUAGCUUGGAGAUACCACGUGUGAAUAAAAUGAAUGCUGGGAUAUAUAAAUGCGUAGCGACAAACGCAGGUGGAACUGCAUCUAAAGUCUUCAAUGUUAAGAUAUCAGAUUGUAAAAAAUCUUCCUCGUCGACUAAACCGAUGAAAGAAGAAAAAGAAAACAUAGUUGCUAAAGAGAAGGAAUCUGCGACCAGCGAAUUUUGCGUACGUACUGAGGCUGACUGUCAACGGGAAAGUGUGCAAAGUUCAUUUAGUGCCAAGGAAAGCGAUGGCAUAACUGAGCCCCAUUUUACACAGAGGCUUCAGGAUUUAGAAGUCGUUGAAGGAAGUGCUGCUCGGUUUGACGUCGUUGUAAAAGGUAAUCCUGAACCUGAAGUAUCUUGGUACAAAGAUAACCAAGCUAUUUUGGACAGCAAGAGAAUUAAAUACCUUAAUGAAGAAAACGGACGUUGCUCCCUUGUCAUUCAAGAUGUUACACCUAAAGAUCGAGGGAAAUACAAAUGCAUUGCGAGCAGCAAAAAGGGAAAGAUACAAUGUAGUUGUCAAUUAUUUGUUGAGGUUCAUGGUUUCGACGACUCUCUAACAGAAUCUGACACGGAUCCUUUAACCCCCAAAUCUUUAUCGAGCGAGAUCCUAUAUUACAGUGAAGAUGGUGAGGAAAUACACCAUGCACAAAAUGAUGUUCCAAAAAUUUCUCUUGUACUGCGAAAUAAGACAGCAAAAGCUGGAAGCACGGCGAAAUUUGCCUGUCGUUAUCAAAGCAAGACAAAGACCAGGGUAGAAUGGCGCAAAAAUGGCAAAGUUCUUCAAAGAGAUUUAAGAUACAAGCUGGAUAAUGAGAGUGAUUUGAGCGUACUUACGAUUCAAAAUGUUGCACCAAGUGAUGUUGGGGAGUAUUCAAUUAUAGUGAAGAAUGACGCUGGUGAUUCAACAUGUUCCGCUUCUCUUUCUAUUGACGAUUCUUCUCAAGCUGCAAGAGAUGGAACACCACCGAAAUUUGUUCUUUCUCCCAGCAAAACCGUCGAAGCUUUUAUCACGUGUAGUGCACGAAUGGAAUGCAAGGCCAUAGGUGACCCAAAACCCGACAUCAAGUGGUAUAAAGAAAAAUUGGAGAUAGUUUCCACUAGUAAAUGUUCAGUAUAUAGCGAUGAUGCUGGUGUGUGUACUCUGGUUGUGCAAGAUGUCAACUAUGAAGAUGAAGGAACGUACAAAGCUGUCGCUUCCAAUGAAUUUGGGAAUGUUUUUUGUGCAUCAAAGCUCAUCGUGAAAGCUGGUGAUCUGAGCAGUGAUGAAAGCACACGUAGUGGAAGUGAUCAAGGAUCAAUUAAAGAAAGACCCAUCACGUAUUUGCGAGGCAAAGUAACUCCGACACUGACAUCGGAAUCGAAGAGAUUACCCGAUUUCACAGUUCCUUUACGAGAUAAACAAACCCCGGUCGGAUCAACCGCCCGCCUUACGUGUCGUGUAGCUAGCAGAAGUCGCCUAACUACCAAAUGGUACAAAGAUGGACGUAUAAUCACAAGUGGCGGACGUUAUCACGUACAAAGUGAUCUUGCUAGUCAGACAUUGAUCAUUCGAGAUUGUCAAGUUGAUGACUCCGGUAAUUACAGAUGUGAAGCAAAGAAUAAUGAUGGUAUUUCUACGACUGAUGCAUACCUCACCGUUCAAGGUUCGUCAAUAAGCAAAUUGUUUUCAAGCAAGCAGCCAGCAAAGGGGCAAUUCACUUGGUCCAAAACAACGCUAGCUAAAAAUAUCAAAACUACACCGGAAGUUAGCACUUCUGUAAAAUCCUUUGAAACUAAGAAAGAAAUUUCGAUUAAGUACGCGGAUGCAAAAAACAAAAGCCUCGUUGAAGGAGAUGAACAUAGUCUUAAGAAAGACAAUGCUGCAAUGGAUGUUGUUGAAAGUGAAUCUACUAUAACGCCUGUUUACCACAUUAUCUUGUCCCAAUAUGAAGCAAGCAACAACUCAAAAUUCUCAGUAUCGAUAAAUGACGAAAUAGAGGUUUUAGAUGAUGGGGACAGUGCCUAUUGGCUCAUCAAUAAUCUGUCGAGAGAAAGUGAAGGACUUGUACCUGCAUAUCUCGUUCAAAAGGUGGAAGAAGAGGAAUUCAAGCUAACGAUCAAUAACGACAAGUCUUUAGUGAGUGAUUCAAAACAUCAACUAAUAAAUGUCACCAAUUAUUUCAUGGAAAGUGAAAAAAAAUACAUAAAGUUGUUAAAAUUGUUCAUUGAGAGCUACACAGUGGAAAUGGAAAGUGAUGAUUUGCCUAAAAGUUUGAUUGGGAAAAUGUCCAAACUGUUUUCAAUCAUCAACGAUAUCUACACUUUUCACGGGAGAAUAAUGAUGCCAGACAUGGAAGUAUGUACGAACGAUUCAAAUAAGUUUGCUCAAGAAUUCUUAAAAAAUAAGGAAAAGCUUCAUAUUUUCUACGAGAAAUAUUUUGCUGAACGGAUUGCCAUGGAAACAUUACUCUCUACACCUGAUAUCGUUGAAUUUUUCAAGGAAUAUCAAGAGGACACUGAAGAUGAAAGAUUCAUAACAGAUUAUCUUAAUCAACCUUUACUUAGAUUACUGGAGUAUCGUAACAUUCUACAGGACUUGCUGAAAUACUCAACAAGAGCAAAGAAGAAUGCCAAAAAUAUCGAGGAGGCGUUAUCUGUUGCCCACAGCCUGAAUCUAGAAUCUGAGACUUGUCUUCAGAUUUCAUCCAUUGAUAUGUAUUCAGGCGAAAUUCCGCUGCAAGAAGCUGGACAGCUACUCCGACGAGGACCUUUAAACUUCUGGGAAGAUACGUCAUCCGGAAGGAGCAAAGAAGGAGAAAUAUUCUUGUUCGAGAAAAUAUUCAUCAAUGCUCUUAAAAAGGAAGACGGAAAAAAAUAUUUAUGCCAGUUUGCGUUUAAGAUUUCAAGCAUCACCUUAAGUGAAGACAUUCCUGGAGAGCCUGAGAAAUGGUCAUUUUGGGUUGAAAGUUCACCUCAACAUCGCUCAGUCCAUCAUAUUUUUGAGGCAAAGACUGUUGAAAUGAAGGAAUCAUGGGUGAAAGCUAUGAAAAAAGUAAUCAAAACUCAAGUCUCAACAAAACCAAAGAAAAUAGUGAAAAAAUCUGGUUACCGACAACAAUCUGAUUCAAGCAAGGAGAUUGCCAUUUCCAGGCUCGAAGGAAAGGUAGAUGGAGCACGACCAACAAUUACGAAGAGACCGAAAGGAUUCACACGUUGUAAACCUGGUGAUACAGUUGUGUUCACGUGCAGUUUCACGGGAGAUCCUGAACCCACAGUUACAUGGAAGAAAGAUGAUAUAAAGAUUAUAGAUGAGGGUCGAUUCCUUAUUAUUAUUGAAGAAGGAUAUUCUGAAAUGGAAAUCGAGGACCUGCAAUAUUCUGAUGCUGGCUCCUACCUGAUAGUUCUGGAUAAUUCCGCAGGAAGUUCUUGGGCAGGCGCUAUCCUCGACAUGAAUGCCCCUCCUAACAUCGUAGAAACUCCUAAGGGUGUGGUUGCGCAAAUUCGUGCAACUGCUACCUUUCUUUGCAAAUUCACUGGUUAUCCUCCACCAUCGAUCAAAUGGUCAAAGAACAAUACAGAAAUCAAGAACGGAGGUCGUUUUUGUGUACUAAUUAAUGAAGGUUUUACACGACUUGAAAUUGUUGAUCUCAUCAAGGCAGAUGAGGGAAAUUAUCGAAUAGACUUAGAAAAUACUGCGGGUAGUUGUUGGGCUUCUGCUGGUUUGGUUGUUACAGGCGAGAAAAUAAUUGGUUGUCAAGACAAGCAAAGCAAGCCCAACAGUGUUGUCAAUAAAUCAAGUUCAUCUGUAGUUUUGCAUAGUGAGAAUAAGGAAAAGAAAACCAAUGAAGAGAAAACAUCAGUAGAUAGCAUGGCAAAAUGCGCUCCGAUAUUUUCCCGGGAAUUGGUCGACUGUCAGACGAAAGAUGGCAACGCAGCCAGAUUUUUUGCACAAGUAACUGCGCGUCCACCGCCAAUCAUUAAAUGGUACAAGGACGACAAUGUUUUACAAGAGAGUCAUCAGUAUAGUUUUCUGUACAACGGUUCGUCGUGUACACUUAUCAUUACUCGUAGUACAGAAGUUGAUGUUGGUGUAUACAAAUGCGUCGCCACAAACAGUUUGGGAAAGGCAAAUUCAAGUGCGCGGUUGACUCUCGAGGAGUUGCCGGACGAUGAUAUGAGUUCUGACAGUGAUGAUGAAAGCCAUUUGGCCAACAAGUUGGUCACUUUGUUGCGCAGCAAGGUUGAUGAUACUUUCACGAUGCAAGAUGAAUUAGGUCGUGGAAAAUUUGGUAUCGUUAAGAAGUGCGUCAACAAAGAGAGUGGUCGCGAGUAUGCCGCUAAAUUUAUUUCAUGUAAGAAUAAGGCAGCGAGAGACGAGGUUCUCCAUGAGAUUGAAAUCAUGAACGAACUUAAGCAUAAGCGGCUAUUAAGUAUUAUCGCUGCCUACGACCACGGAAAAGACUUAGUGCUUAUAAUGGAACUGAUUACGGGCGGGGAGCUUUUUGAGAAACUGGUUCAGGAGGAUUUCAUUAGCGAGAAAAUUACGACACAGUAUUUGGAGCAGCUGCUUGAUGGCCUGGGAUAUAUGCAUCGUAAAAAUAUUCUACAUUUAGAUUUGAAACCCGAGAACAUGAUGCUGGUGCGGCCAGGAAGUAAGCGGAUUAAGAUAAUAGAUUACGGAUUAGCGAGGAAGUAUAAUCCAAAUCAGAAACUCAAAGUGAUGCAAGGUACACCAGAAUUUGCAGCCCCUGAAGUUAUAUCGUACGAGGGUGUGACGCCAGCGACAGAUGUAUGGGCUGUGGGGGUUAUAACGUACGUUGUCUUGAGUGGCCUUUCUCCCUUCCUUGGUGAUAAUGAUGGUGAAACCAUGAGUAAUAUAUCUAACAUGGCUUGGGAAUUUGACGAUCCAGUUUUUGAUGAGAUUACCAUUGAGGCAAAAGAUUUUAUUUCUAAGAUUUUGAUUAAAGAUGAUCGAAAGCGAAUGACGAUAAUGGAAUGUCAAGCUCAUCCAUGGCUUAAAACAAAGAGUAAAAAACGGCUGGAGACGCAAAGGUUGAAAAAGUUUACGGCACGGAGGAAGUGGAAAAAAGCCCUGACUGCAGUUCGAAGUACGAACAUUUUAUCUCGUAUGUUGAGCAAAGAAGGUAAAAGCAACGAAAAGCGGGCUACUGCUGUCAAAAAAGGCGCUUUCUUAGCAAAAGUGAAACAACAAAUUGCCACAGAAGAGUCAGUAAAACGUGAACCCACUGAAGGCAAGAAAGACAAGGGAAUUGAUUGCAACAAUUAUAAAGAUUCACGUUUAAAUGGUGAUGUGAAGCGGGAGACAGUUAAGUCACCCUUCAUUCAAGAUCUCCAAGAACAGUUGAUACAAAAAGGACAUCCAGUCACAUUCACGGUAAAGAUUUCGAGCACUGAAAGCGAUCCAAAAAUUACGUGGAAGAAAGAUGGUGAGGUCCUGGAUCGAGGACGAGCACGCAUGACGUACGACAAAGGAACGGCAACGUUGAAAUAUUUGAGAACAGAUUAUGAUGACACUGGACUAUAUACAAUUGUAGUCGACACUGGAGAUAAUGUGUAUGAGUCCAGUGCUAAUCUUGAAAUAGCUGAUACACCAGAGUCGCCUGCAGCUCCUGAGGUCAGUGACGUCACUGCAAAUUCAUUGAAAUUAACAUGGCAAGCGCCCGCGAAAGACGGUAAAAGUGCCAUACUAAAAUACAUCAUCGAAUAUCGCAAAACUGGUGAAAAGGACUGGACAUUGGUCUCUGACAGUGUGACGUCAAAGAGUUACGUGUUUCAAGACCUUGCUCCACGUACUUCUUAUAGAUUUCGUGUUAGUGCUGAGAAUAAAAUUGGAAAGAGUCGGCCAAGUCGAUCUUCCACUGUUAUCGAAACAAAGAAAUAUUAUUUCAAGCUGAGCGAUGAAAACGAAAAAACGAGAUCCGCCUUUGAAAAGUGUAGCGAAUGGUGUCAUGUUAACAAAAUACCCUGUUGUCUAACGGAUCCAACUGCUUUAAAGAAGACUACCCCAAAACCUGUCAAGACUUGUGCGAGUUCAAGUAGCGCUGACUUUUACCAAACACAUAUUUUAACUUUAAUCGACGCAGACGUUUCCAUUUCAAGGAUAAAAAUGAGUAAAAUCCACGAAAGCGUGUUUGCAAAAUAUCAGAGGCGAAAUGAUGUGCAACUGGAUUUCUCUGAAGAAAAUCCAAUGAAGAAAUUUGAGUUUGGCGAUGAAAUUGGCAGAGGUGCUUUUGCUGUGAUAAAGAAAUGUUAUCGUCUCGACGACAAACACAAAAUGUUUGCUGCAAAGUUCGUAAAAUACGAUGAUGAAGCGCUUAAGAUAUUAAAGCGUGAAGUUGCAAUGAUUCAAAAAUGGGAACAUGAAAAAUUCAUCUACCUUUUCGACGUGUACAUCGUGAGAAAAUAUGUCGUCCUCAUCAUGGAAUGGGUUGAUGGCAAGAAUUUGUUACCUUAUUUGAUUGCAAAGCAAGAAGCAGCAGACAAAUCUCGAAGCAAACCAAAGAUGUCUGAGAAAGAUAUUGCUUUGCUUACGAAACAAUUGUUGACUGCUUUACAAUAUCUUCAUGACCAAAACAUCGCUUAUUUGGACAUCAAGCCAGACAAUAUUAUGGUUCAAUCAAAUGGUAACAUCAAAUUAGUCGAUUAUGACAACUGUCGUCACAUCACCAGUAAACAGGGUGAUGUCGUUGAUUGUAUUGGAACCCCAGAGUUCACAGCUCCGGAGGGUCUUGUUUAUGAAAACUGUUCUCAGGCGACUGAUAUGUGGUCGGUUGGUGUCCUUGUGCAUGUAAUGUUGACCGGCAAAUCCCCUUUUGCCGCUGAAGAAGAAGUUGAAGUGCGAAGGAAGGUAGCCAAAGUUGAGUACGAGAUAAAUAAAAUGAUUUUGGAAAGUGUUCUCAGCAUCCUAUCGAUAGAUCAGUCAAAGGAUUCUAUUGCUCUCUUUCUAUAUAACAUUUCUGAAUAUACAUUUUGUAGAAAGCGUUUAACUUUACAGUCGGUGAUGGAUCAUGAUUGGCUAAAGAAAAAUCACUUGCAAAUGGCUGGUCGAAAUAUCUUGUCAGUUACUACCGAAGAUUAUAAGAAACUACAGGAAGCUUUGGAAGAUCUAGAGAGUGAAGAACCAGUGGUAGCUUCUUGUGUCCUGAGGUCAUUUAAAGAAGAUCCUUACGAAAGUCCUGAAGAAGAUGAAGACGACGAAUAAACUGUGACUUUGCUGAACAUCCGGGAACUUGUGUAUCAAUAACUUAAAAUUACAUGCCAUUGUGUAUUGCUACUGCUGACUAGAUUUUAUAAGAAUUUAUUUUUAAAUAUGUACAAUUAUUGCUGUAUUGUUUUAUUGUUAUUUCUAUCUAAGAUUUCUUCAAUAUAUCUUGGUUAAUAUGAUGAUUUUAUAGAUUACAUAUUCCAAUCUUA